AUGGCCACCUGUUCUCGAAACGGCUUUCUGGUAAAUCCCUGUCGCUUGUUGUCACUUACAUACCCUGCCAACAUGGACAACAUCGGUGAAAGUAUAGGCAUUGAUGUCGACCUCAUCAAUGAAUUAUCGGGCGAUAGUACUCCUUACAAGCCUGACACAUCAGCGGCUCGUCUUCAGCCACCACUCGAGCUGGCGCCCCUCGGAUACGUCCGACUUGAGCUUGUCUACUCUCCAAUGUUUGAUCGACUUCGCACUGAAGCCCACUUGUUUGUGCAUGCAACUUAUUUGUCACACAGGAAUGAAGAAAAAUUCUCGCCUGUUGCCGGUAUCUGGAAUAGUUUGGAGACCAGUUGGUUAGAUGAAGUGUCUGCCGAGUGGAGUAAGCCUGGCAUCGGCGUUUGGAGUGAGGAAGAAGAGAUGGCGCCUACACCAUCUAAGAAGAAUAAGGUAACAUCAGAAAGUAAACGUUUUCAUCGUGUUUCCAACGCGGAAAAAAACAGAGCAGAAAGCCAGACAUUUGAUGAGUGCCUUAAGCCCAGCCGUUCUCUCCCUUGGCAUCAAUAUAAGAACCAACCAGGAAGAAGUCAACGUGGCCGCCUUGAAACAAACUUAAGCAGCCCAGGCGGGGUGUUGCUUCGUUUGUCCCCAGUUCAUUUGGUGGCCGCAAUGCCGUCAAAACUCCAAGCUCUAUGUCUUAAAGCAUUGCCGCGACCUGACUUGGAGACUUAUUUCUGGUAA